AUGUGCAAGAGCUGGACUGCUAGAGCCGGUGUUUGUGCUUGGGUGAUCGGCGCAGUAAUCGUCAGAGGCUUGAACUCUGGACAGCGGGUGGCGCAGAAAACGGGAGAGGCCAGAGGCUUUAUCUACCAGAUUUCCUCUUCCGGGCUGGGCGACGUUGCUCCGCAGAUAGAACGAGAUGCUGAGAUGCGAUAA